UAUUUUUUCUCCCCUACCACAGACUUUUUUGCCCCCAUCCCGCUGACGGCGCACUUCUCAGAGCCGACCGUCACUCAUACCACCGGUCAGGCUAACGUGCACUCACUCUCUUCUUCUUCUUCUCACGAAUUCUUGAAUGCCGCGAAAUACAAGCUUUUUCAAGGUCUGCUGCUUUUCCUCCAUCAAUUUUGUGUUUCUUUUCGCUUCUUCUCAGGCAUGCUGUUACAAACCCUAGAUGCGUGUUUUCUUACAUCUCUUAUCGCAUUGUUCUUUUGUUAUUUUGGUAUUGGUCGAGUUAGGAAGGAACUCUUUCCGAUAUUCGCGGUAUAAUUAGCUAAUCGGUUGAAGUUCUUUACUGGAUUUCUGAGUUUUAGAUACUUGAUGUUUGGGAGGUGGAAAGCAAUGGGAUGUGUUUCAGAUUAUUGCUUGAUUGCUUGUUUUAUCAAGCUGGGUUAGGGUUACACCAUCGAGAUUUGCUGGUUAUUUAUUGAAUGUGGGGUUGAGAAGAUGGACGGAGACAACAAGAAGUCUGGUUUUAGGAAAAGAACGAAGCCAAAGGAGGGUGGUUUUGAUUCAGACGAUGAUGAACCCAUUGGAUCUCUUCUGAAGUUGAAGAGAUCACGCAACUCUAAGAAGAGUAAGUUGGGUGUAGACGAUGGUGGUGAAAGGGACAAGAUAGUUGACAAGAAAGGAGCAAAACAUCCAGAGCAAGAGGAUAUUGGGGGAAUGGACGACACUUUAGCCAGUUUCAGAAAAAAGUUGAGGCGUCCUAAAGAGGUUGGACCCAGAAUUGCUAGGAAACAGAGUUCUUCUGUAAGUGUGGCAGAAUCUUUGGGUAAUGCAUCCAGAGGACAAGGGGAUUUAGACGCAAGAUUUAGACCAGAAAAGGGUGAAUUAAUGGACCGUGAAGAGUUUGAUUCAUCUGCAAUGAUUGAUGUAGAAACGAGGUGUGAAGCACCUGUUUUGGAAUUAAAAGACAUGGAGACGGGUAUCUCGAGUCGGAGAAGGGCUAAGUUGGAUGAUUCACUGUCAGCAUUUGUCCAAAAGGUUCAAUCUGGUUCAACUAGGAAAACAUUCAUAUCUACAACAUUUAAACCGGAUUGCAAGGACGAGACUUCAGAAGAUAAAUUGAGUCCUUUUUCUAGAACUGGGGAUCAUGAAACAUACUCCAUAGUGAGUUCUGAUUCUUCUGCUAAGCUGGCACAAGUUGUAGAAAAAACAGAUUCUGAUCUUACUAUGUCAUGUUUAAUUUCCUGUUCACGGUGCACUGGAGAGAAUUGUAAUCCUAAUCCCGAUCAAGGACAAUGCCACCAAGGGGUCGAAGGUGACCAAGAAGAGUAUCAACGUCGUCUCAAUAAUCAAGAUAGCAAAAACUAUAGUCAAUUUAGGGACAAUUUCCAGGGGCUGGAAAGAAAGGCAUCAUGUGAAAUCAAGAAUGCAUUAAAACUUUGUUCUUGUGGCGAAACAAUGGAGCGUAGCCAUUUGGCAGAAAGGGUUUCUCUUCAGGAUGGGCGAGGUGAAAAUCAUCUUAAUGAAAAUAUGUGCAGUUCUUUUCGCCCUCUAGAACAGUCAAAAGAAAACCAUGGCCUUUGUGGGGGUGUUUCCAGCGGAUAUUUUUGUGAUGUGGUGGCCCAAGAGACCACAGUUACUUUGUCUAAAAAAACUUUAGGUGUAGAUUGUGAAGGAAAAAAUAGAUUACUUGUUAUGCAUCAUGAUGAAUUGCCUACCUCUACCAACUUCUGUGAAAGUUCUUCCAAAGAAAUCUGUAGAUCUACUCAAAAUUUAAAGAUUUCUGAUCAAUCAUUAGACAGAACAACACUCUCCAAUCUUCAGAUAUCCGCAGCUUUCGAUUCAACGGAAGUGGAUAAAACUUGCUGUGACUCCGAAAAUUUAAAUACUGGAACUGAUGUGCCAAAUUCCAAAGGUGGUUCUAGGCAGAAGGAAAAUGCUCUGAUCUCUCGGAGGAUUUCAGAUUCAACUGCUGUUCAAUGUUCCAGAUCCCAAAAAUCUGUGGCAGCUACAUCCGUACCAAAUUAUCCAGAAGUUUGUCCUAUUGGAAAUUUCAGCAUGAUAUCAGAUAAUCAACUGGUCAAGGCUUCCGUAGUGAUAGAUGGUCCAAAUAAUAUACUUCCUGGUAAGGACGUUAAGGUAUCUUCUCCUGGGUCUUUGACUCCAGAAGAUAAUGACCUUGAGGAUGUAGUAUCUGCUCCUGGUAGUGAAAAAGAUUUAAAGCUUUCAGCUUUACAACGUGUAGCGCGCAAGACAAAGAAGCCCAGACAUGAUGACAUGGCUUACGAAGGAGAUAUUGAUUGGGAGAUUUUGAUUAGUGAGCGUGUAGUUGAUGGUGACCAUUCUUUUAGAUCAAGAAGGGAUUCUACAUCAACAACUUUUACUGAAGCUGAAACUGGUGGUAGAGCUGCAGUAUCUGCAGGGCUGAAGGCUCAUGCAGUUAAUCUACUUGAGAAGAUUAAAUUUAAGGAUGUGCUAAAGCGCAAAGGUGGGCUUCAAGAGUACUUGGCAUGCAGGAAUCAGAUCCUGGGCCUUUGGAGUAAAGAUGUUACACGAAUUUUGAAUCUUGUUGACUGUGGUGUCACUAAUACUCCCUCUAUGGAUGAACCACCACGUUUCCCCCUUAUUAGGGAGAUCUAUGCAUUUCUUAAUCUACGUGGUUAUAUAAAUGCGGGGAUUGCUUCUGAGAAAGUCAAAUCAGAAUCUGAUAUUAAGUAUGAAUAUGAGCUGGGAGAAAAGAAAGUUGGAGAGGUUACUGUUGCUUCAGCUGCUGAUUCUGAGGAAGGGGUUUGUGUCAUUGUUAAAAAUUCUGAUGCUUCGGACGCAGAGAACAAUGCUGCAGCUGGCUGUGAACUACUAUUGGAAGACACUGAAGGAAGAGAUCUUGUGAUUGAAAAUAAUUUUGAGUUAGCAAAACCAGUGGAACAUGAACAAGAAUUGGUACAGGACUUGGAGUACGGUACUCUUGAUCCUAUACCGGUAAAAUCUGUAGGUAUUGAUGUUCCAGGUAAAGCUGCCUCACAUUUAACUAACCAGUCAAGAAAUGGUUGGCACCAAAUCCAGUCCUCCGAUGCGUGUGCCGGAGGUGAUCAACAACAGCAGAGUAAUUCUGAAGUCAGAAAGAAAGUAAUUGUUAUUGGAGCCGGUCCUGCUGGCUUAACUGCUGCCAAGCACUUGCAUCGUCAGGGCUUUACUGUCAUUGUACUUGAAGCUAGGAAUAGGUUAGGAGGUCGUGUUUAUACAGAUCGCUCCUCUCUUUCUGUUCCUGUAGAUCUUGGUGCAAGUAUUAUUACAGGAGUAGAGGCUGAUGUCGCAACUGAAAGAAGACCCGAUCCGUCUUCAUUGAUUUGCACUCAAUUGGGUCUUCAGUUGACUGUAUUAAAUAGUGACUGUCCACUCUAUGAUAUCAUUACAUGCAAAAAAGUUCCAGUAGACAUGGAUGAAGCUUUGGAAGCAGAAUAUAAUAGUCUUCUUGAUGACAUGGUGUUGCUUGUUGCCCAAAGAGGAGAGCACGCAAUGGCCAUGUCUCUUGAGGAGGGUUUAGAAUAUGCCCUUAAGCGACGGCGCAUGGCUCGAUUGGGAAUAGAUGCUUGUUCUGAGAAGGAGCUUUUGAGUCCCUUUGAGAGGCGAGUUAUGAAUUGGCAUUUUGCUAACUUGGAGUAUGGUUGUGCUGCUAUGCUCAAGAAAGUAUCUCUUCCUAAUUGGAAUCAGGACGAUCUUUAUGGAGGUUUUGGAGGAGCUCAUUGUAUGAUUAAAGGGGGUUAUAGCACUGUUGUUGAGUCUCUUGGUGGAGGACUCAAUGUUCACCUAAAUCAUGCUGUGGCUGAUAUUUCUUACAGCACCAAUGACAUUGAGUUAAACGAGAAUCAGUGUGCAAAGGUAAAAGUUUCCACAACCAAUGGCUCUGUGUUCCUAGGAGAUGCUGUCCUUAUUACCGUGCCUCUUGGGUGCUUGAAAGAAGAAACUAUUAAGUUUUCCCCACCAUUGCCUGAAUGGAAGCGUCUGUCCAUCCAGCGCCUUGGAUUUGGAGUUCUUAACAAAAUAGUUCUUGAAUUUCCAGAAGUUUUCUGGGAUGACUCUGUGGAUUAUUUUGGGGCAACUGCAGAGGAAACAAAGUGGAGGGGGCAGUGUUUCAUGUUUUGGAAUGUAAGAAAAACAGUUGGUGCUCCUGUUCUCAUGGCAUUAGUGGUUGGUCAGGCGGCUGUGGAGAGGCAAUAUAUGAGCUCUUCUGAUAACGUAAGCCAUGCAUUAAUGGUCCUUCGAAAACUUUUUGGAGAAGCUAUGGUGCCUGAUCCAGUUGCAACUGUAGUGACUGAUUGGGGACGAGAUCCGUUUAGCUAUGGUGCUUACUCUUAUGUUGCUGUUGGAGCAUCGGGAGAGGAUUAUGACAUUUUAGCGAGGCCUGUUGGAAACUGUUUGUUUUUUGCUGGUGAAGCUACUUGCAAGGAGCAUCCUGACACCGUUGGGGGUGCAAUGAUGAGUGGGCUAAGAGAGGCUGUACGCAUGAUUGAUAUAUUGAGUUAUGGUUAUGAUUUUACAGCAGAAGUAGAGGCAAUGGAAGCUGCUCAGAGGCAGUCUGAUUGUGAGAAUGAUGAAGUUGGAGACAUAAUUACAAGACUUGAUGCUGUUAAGCUUUCUGAUGCUCUUUUCAAAAAUUCUUUGGAUGGAUCUAGGAUUGUGACCAGAGAAGCUUUACUAAAAGACUUGUUUUUUAGUGCAAAAACAACAGCAGGGAGAUUGCAUGUGGCAAAAGAGUUGCUGAAUAUCCCUGUUGAGACGUUAAAGUCUUUUGCAGGGGCUAAAGAAGGCCUUACAGUUCUCAACUCGUGGAUAUUGGACUCAAUGGGGAAGGAUGGGACUCAACUUCUUCGGCAGUGUGUUCGUAUUCUUGUGCUAGUUUCAACUGAUCUACUUGCAGUUCGUUUAUCAGGCAUAGGUAAAACUAUCAAAGAAAAGGUAUGUGUGCAUACAAGCCGUGACAUUCGUGCCAUUGCAAGUCAGUUGGUUAGCAUUUGGCUUGAAGUUUUCCGUAAAGAAAAGGCUGCUAAUGGGGGGUUAAAACUCCCAAAGUCAGUUUCUACUGUAGAAUCAUUGAAGAGGAAAUCUAAUAAAGAUUCUUCUUCUGGAAAACCUCCUUUGCACUCAAACAACUGCGCGCUGGAUAGUAGAGGCAAUUUGCCAACUUCUGCAUCAGCUGCAAUUCCCUCAACGUCUGAUGUCAAUAUGAAAAGUGAUAAUAGUAAAUUGAAAUUGGAAAUGGAAAAUUCAUCAAAAUCAGAUAUCAGUUCAUCAAGGUCAAGGGGUUCAUUUGGAAAGCAGGAUGCAGAGAUGGAAGACAACAACAUUGUGAUGACAGAAGAAGAGGAGACUGCCUUUGCUGCUGCUGAGGCAGCACGUGCUGCAGCACUUGCAGCUGCGAAGGCAUAUGCAUCUUCUGAAGCCAAGAGUGCGAUGCAGCUCCCAAAAAUCCCCUCCUUUCACAAAUUUGCCAGAAGGGAGCAUUAUGCUCAAAUGGAUGAGUACGAGUAUAAAAGGAAGUUGUCUGGCAGUGUGCUAGGAAGGCAAGAUUGUACUUCAGAAAUAGAUUCAAGGAAUUGCAGGGUCAGGAACUGGUCUGUGGAAUUUUCUGCUGCUUGUGUUAAUCUUGAAAGUUCACGAAUGUCUGCAGAUAACCUUUCGCAAAGAAGCCAUUCAAAUGAGAUUGCUAGCCAAUUAAACUUCAGGGAACACUCUGGCGAAAGUGUUCCUAUGGAUAGUAGUAUAUACACGAAAGCAUGGGUCGAUACAGCUGGUAGUGAUGGAAUGAAAGAUUAUCAUGCAAUUGAGAGAUGGCGGACUCAAGCAGCUGCAGCUCAUGUAGAUGAUGAGGAGGAUUCAAACACAAAUUGGAACAACCCCACUUGGAAUAGUGAUCAAGCAGCGAAUGAGAGCUCAAUAUCACAAGUGACGAUCAGCAAGGAGCCAAUAAGAAACCAUCAACAUGGGGCUGACAGAAUUAAGCAGGCUGUAGUUGAUUAUGUUGCAUCACUCUUGAUGCCCCUUUACAAAGCAAGGAAAAUUGACAAGGAUGGAUAUAAGUCAAUUAUGAAGAAAAGUGCAACCAAGGUCAUGGAACAAGCCACUGAUGCAGAGAAAGGCAUGACUGUUUCUGAGUUUCUUGACUUCAAACGUAGGAACAAGAUUCGUGCCUUUGUAGACAAAUUAAUAGAGAGGCAUAUGGCCACGAAGCCAGUGAUGAAAUCGUGACAGUCCCAAGGAUUUGUUGUCAUUUCUUGGUCAAUAAUGAAGUCAUUAUGGUCCCAAGGAUCAAGUGGCUUGAUUGGCGAGCUCUCGAGGACACACUUGGAUUAUUCAUUUAAGCCUGGGAAGACUCCAAGGUAUAUGUUGGCAUGAAAGACUUCAUAACUUGACGCCUGUAUUACAUUUCCAGCGUACCUUAAUUUCUGAAGCUGCAAUUAAGAAAUAUGACAUUUCUGCUUGUGUAAUCAGUUGUGGAGUUUCAUUGAUCUACCAAGAUUUUGGUUCGUGCUGUCAGAUAUGAUUAUAAUUGGUCCUGGUGCUAAAUGUGAUUAUGAUUGGUAUCGAACUUCAGCUCGAUUCUGCAUAAUUCUUUUGGCAUGGCUUAAAUUUAUGCCGCCCCUCAGGAUCACUCUAGGUGUCAUUUUCUUGCUCAAUCGGGUCACAAGCGCUCGUUAAAGAAAACAUCACAUUGUACUAUAAGGGUAUAAGAUCAAGCCCUUCAGUUGUACUAUAGGGUAUAAGAUCAACCCCUUCAGUUCUUAGCGAUGGACCUUAGGUUAUGGUUCAUUUUCUUUCUUCCUUUUCCCUCUUCACCUGUACAGCUUAGAAUUAUUUCAUUGACGACAAUCACACAGUAAUUUUCAUUUAUUUGCAAACAUUUCUCAAUCUUUGAGACUGAAUACUGUAAUUUACCUGUCUUUUAUUUCCAUACAUUGACUAAAAUAUUGUCUUGGUUGAGA